CCUAAAAAAGCACUGAACGUUGGAGCAGCAAUGGACCUGAGACUUGGCGGUGUAGCGCUCAGACAUGGGGAACAAACAGACCAUUUUCACAGCACAGCAGCUAGAUGCCUAUCAGGACUGCACAUAUUUUACAAGAAAAGAAAUUCUCAGACUGUUCUACCGCUAUCGGGAUUUGGCACCACAGCUCGUUCCUCUUGACUACACCAACCACCCAGAUGUGAAGCUACCAUAUGAGCUGAUUGGCAGCAUGCCAGAGCUGAAGGACAACCCAUUUCGUCAGAGAAUCGCUGAGGUCUUCUCUGAGGACGGAGAGGGAAACAUGACUCUGGACGACUUCUUGGACAUGUUUUCUGUCCUUAGUGAGAUGGCUCCACGUGACCUCAAAGCCUACUACGCUUUCAAAAUUUACGAUUUCAACAACGAUGACUUCAUCUGUAAGUCAGACCUGGAGAAGACUCUGAACAAACUGACCCGUAAUGAGCUGACGGAGGAUGAGGUGAGGAUGGUGUGUGAGAAGGUGAUAGAUGAGGCUGACCUGGACAACGAUGGACGUCUGUCACUCGAGGACUUCCAGCAUAUGAUUGUCAGAGCACCAGACUUUCUCAGCACCUUCCACAUAAGGAUAUAAAGUAUCUAAAGGAUAUAAAGUAAUAUAGCAAUCAGAGACAUUUCUUACCCAGAAUAGCACCAGUGGAUGGACUGAAAAUACUGCAGAAUAUCUGGAAACUAAGGAAAUCUCCACAUCUCUAGCAAGAACUGCUGUCAAAUAUGUGAAAACUGUGAAAAUUUUAGGUUUGUUUAUGCUGUAACCAAAACCGGGCUAUUCACAGUGAAUCAUCAGUCAAUCCAUCAAGACAAGGCUCAUUAGUUAUGACCAUCAACAGUAGAUUUGUGUUUUGUAUCUAAAGGGUUUCAAAUUGCACUGGACAAUAAAAGAGACACAUGCCAGAAUAUUCUAGUGGGUCAUAGCAGGCCAAUAAAGGAGAGCUAUUUGUCAUGAAAACAAUCAAGCACCACUGUUAGAGCACAGGGUCAACUGAUAGCAGUUUCCUCUGUCAUUCAGCCAAUAAAACACUGAAUCCUGAA